CACACACUCAAAGAGAGAGACACACACAGACUCACACAGACAAACACAGACGCACUCCUCUUUCUAAAGCCAAAGGAGGGCAAAAAGAAAAAGCAGUGAGCAGUGAAAACAGAAUGGGAAAAUGAAUGAACUAAACUAGUUCACAGCCACACACAGACACACACACUGGAGUUUACAACACCCACAGAGACACAUAGAAAACAUACACACACACACUGAAAUGUGUGUGUUCCCAUUCAGCAUAGUUAUGAUAACCUGAGAGAGAGAGAGAGAAAGUGAGUGUUUGUUUUAUUUGGGGAUCAGAUCAUUUUGGGGAGGGAUUUAAGUGCUGGAGAGUUUUCCGUUGAAGGGAGAUGAGGAGUAUUUUCUGAGAGAGGGAGUAUUUUGGAGUGGAGGGUGCUUUAUUGUGGUUUCAUUGAUGUUUAAGCGUCUGUUGUGUGUGAGAGAGAGUGAGCCAGAGAGAAAGAGAGAGAGAGUAAGGGAUGGAUCGAGGGAAAGCGUUGGAGGAGAGCGGAGAUGUUGGGACCAGAUGCAAGGAGAGAAGGAGAAAGAGGAGGACAGGAGAAGGAGGGAAGAGAAAGACCAAGACCCGCAUUGUCUACUCCAACCUCUGGCUCAGAGGCAGCAAAGAGGAACAGAGGACAAGAUGGUGUUGUAGUCGCAGCAGAAGGAGACACCCUGACAACAGGGUGAGGACCACCAGAUACACUCUCCUCUCCUUCUUUCCCAAGAACCUCCUCGAGCAGUUCCACCGCUUCGCCAAUGUCUACUUUGUGCUGAUGGCUCUGCUCAACUUCGUGCCCCUGGUGGGUGCUUUCCUGCCUCACCUCUCAGUGGCCCCCAUCGCUUUCAUCCUGGCUGUGGCUGCGUUCAAAGACCUAUGGGAGGAUUACAGAAGGUAUCGGUCGGACAGGGAAGUCAAUUCCAUGGACUGUCUGGUUUUCUGCAGGAAUGAAAAGAAAUACGUGGAGAAAUACUGGAAAGAAGUGGAGGUUGGGGACUUUGUGCGCCUGAGAUGUAAUGAGAUCAUUCCCGCUGACAUCCUCCUGUUGAACUCCAGCGACCCUGAUGGGCUUUGCCACAUCGAAACCGCCAACCUGGACGGAGAGACCAACCUGAAGCAGAGGCAGGUUGUUAAAGGUUUCUCAGAGAUGGAGACCGAGUUUGACCCCAUGAAGUUUAACAGCGUAAUCGAAUGUGAAAAGCCGAACAACAAUCUCAACAGAUUUCAAGGCCACAUAGUGUACAAAAGUGGGAACCGAGCUGGACUUAAUAAAGAAAAUCUCUUACUCCGAGGAUGCACCAUUAGGAACACGGAAGAGGUGGUGGGAAUAGUGAUCUAUGCAGGUCAUGAUACCAAAGCGAUGCUGAAUAACAAUGGGCCACGUUACAAACGCAGCAAGCUGGAGAGACGCAUGAAUGUAGAUGUCUUCUGGUGUGUGAUCAUACUUAUCGCUAUGUGCCUCUUUUCUGCCAUCUGUCACGGACUGUGGGUAGCUCAGUACGGAGAUCAGCGGCCAGCAUUUGAUGUUCCCGACUCCAGUGGAACCCAAUUACCUCCGACUUUAUCUGGAUUGUAUUUGUUCUUCACAAUGAUAAUUGUGCUCCAGGUGCUGAUUCCAAUUUCACUCUACGUUUCCAUCGAAGUUGUUAAAAUUUGCCAAGUCUUUUUCAUCCACCAAGACGUGGACCUGUACGAUGAAGAGACUGACUCUCACCUGCAGUGCCGGGCGCUGAACAUCACCGAGGACCUAGGGCAGAUCCAAUACAUCUUCUCUGACAAAACCGGCACAUUGACAGAGAACAAGAUGGUUUUCAGAAGGUGCACGGUGGCUGGGGUCGAGUACUCACACGACGCCAAUGCUCGGCGAUUGGCAAUGUACCAGGAGCCGGAGUCCGAGGAUGAGGAGUGCACCUCGAAGGCAGGGACGAUCCCGAGGUGUGACAGCACAUCCAGUUACCAGAGCACCAAAGUCAUUUUCAGGAGCCAGAGCACCAAAUCCCACCGCAGGACUGGUAGCAGGGCAGAAGCCAAGAGGGCAAGCAUCCUCUCCAAACACACUGCGUUCAGCAGCCCAAUGGAAAAAGACAUUACGCCUGAUCCUCAGUUACUGGAGAAGGUGAACGAAUGUGCCAGCCAGCUAGAGGCUCUGAGACGACAGGGGAUGCCAAUGAACCAGCUAUCCCCUGAACUGUCGGACAUCAUUGAUUUUUUAACAGCGUUGACUGUCUGCAACACUGUGGUGGUUUCAUCACCUGGUCAGCCACGACACAAGGUGCGUGACCGUUUCGAGCUCAAGUCUCCCGUGAAGACGCUGGAAGAUUUCAUCAAGCGCUUCACCCCGAGUCGCCUGACCUCAGCCUCCAACAGCUCAGCCAGUAUUGUGAGCGGUAAAUCUCUGUACCGCGUCUCCUCCGGCACCAUAUCCUGGCCCUCCCCGGACGUCAACUCACUCAAACUAGGCGAGGGGUUUGGAGUCUCGUCCCCCAGGCAGGAGAGCGAGGAUCUGCUCCAGCCCGGGGUCCCCGGGGGCGAGGUGAAAGAGAGCGAGCUGCGGUAUGAGGCGGAGAGUCCUGACGAGGCUGCCCUGGUGUAUGCAGCGCGGGCUUAUAGCUGUGCCCUGGUGGGGAGGCUGCCUGAGCAGGUGACGUUGGAGCUGCCUUAUGUGGGGAAGCUAACGUUCGAGCUCCUGCACACGCUGGGCUUCGAUGCCACCAGGAAACGCAUGUCGGUGGUGGUGAGACACCCUCUGACCCAGGACAUUGUGGUUUACACCAAAGGAGCUGAUUCAGUCAUCAUGGACCUCCUCCGCCCUUGUUCCACAGAUGACCACACGGUUAAAUUCCGAAGAGACCUCCGAUACAAAACCCAGAUGUAUCUAAACCAGUAUGCUAAGGAUGGACUUCGAACUCUUUGUAUCGCUAAAAGGGUCCUAAGAAAAGAAGAAUACGCAAGCUGGCUAGAGAACCAUUUAAAAGCGGAAUCGUCUAUUGAUAAGCGCGAUGAGCUGCUGUUCCAGUCAGCAGUUCACUUGGAGACUGACCUUCAGCUGUUAGGUGCCACCGGGAUUGAGGACCGGCUGCAGGAUGGGGUGCCGGAAACCAUUGCGAGCCUGCGCAAAGCUGGGUUGCAGAUCUGGGUCCUCACAGGAGACAAGCAGGAGACAGCGAUCAACAUCGCUUACUCCUGCAGACUGCUGAAACACGAUGAGGAGAUCCUCACCCUAAAUGCCGACUCUCGUGAGGCCUGUGCUGCUUUGCUGGACCAGAGUUUACAUCGCAUUCGGUUGAGCAGUCCGUGCAACGUGUACUUCAGCACUGCUGGGGCCACUUCCGCAGACAUUGCGUCUGUGAACAGAACCUCGGUGUCUGCGGUGAAUUCCCAGCCGAGCUUUGGCUUAGUGAUCGACGGGAAGACUCUGUGCUUUGCUCUGGACAACAGCCUGGAGGACAAGUUCCUCAGGCUCGCGAAAAGCUGCCGCUCGGUCCUGUGCUGCCGAUUCACGCCGUUACAGAAAAGCAUGGUGGUCAGAAUGGUUCAGAACAAACUGAAAGUAAUGACCUUGGCAAUAGGUGACGGGGCGAAUGAUGUGAGCAUGAUCCAGGUUGCUGAUGUGGGAGUGGGAAUCUCUGGCCAGGAAGGCAUACAGGCGGUCAUGGCGAGCGACUUUGCCAUCGCGCGAUUCCGUCACUUGCAAAAACUCCUGCUUGUCCACGGACAUUGGUGCUAUGCCAGGCUUGCCAACAUGGUGCUGUACUUCUUCUACAAAAACGCGAUGUUUGUCACCCUCCUUUUCUGGUACCAGUUUUUCUGUGGCUUCUCGGGAUCAGCAAUGAUAGACCAAUGGUACCUCAUCUUCUUUAAUCUUCUCUUCUCAUCGAUCCCUCAACUCAUUACUGGAGUGCUGGAUAAGGAUGUGUCGGCAGAGACCUUGCUUACCCUGCCUCACCUCUACAAAAGUGGUCAAAACUCUGAGGAAUACAAGCCAUACAUGUUCUGGAUCAACAUGUUUGAUGCUCUUUACCAAAGUCUGGUCUGUUUCUUCAUUCCCUAUUUGGUCUAUGUGGACUCAGAUGUUGAUGUUUUUACCUGGGGAACACCCAUCACCACACUGGCUCUCUUCACUGUCUUAAUGCAUUUGUGCAUCGAAACCAAAACCUGGACCUGGAUUCACGUGGCCUCCCUCACUUUCAGUAUUCUUCUCUACGUGACAGUCGCCUUAAUUUAUAAUGCUGGUUGUUCCAGCUGUUUCCCUCCAUCCAAUCCCUACUGGACGAUGCAGAGAUUGUUGAAAGAUCCAAUGUUUUACCUGAUCUGUAUUAUUACACCAGUAAUAGCAUUACUCCCGAGGUACCUUUACAGAAUCCUUCAGGGCACCUUGUUCCCAACCCCCACCCAGCGAGGCCGUGAGAUAGACCACCUUCACCCUGAGGCCCGUGGCCAUGUCUUCAAUCAGUGGAACAUGGGGGUCAAUCCCUCCUUUACACCAAAGCCUGGUCUCACAUCCCCGCUUUCAAAGGACUCCGAUAGCGGAGCGGACAAUUUCUCUUCCAGCAACAUCCAAAGAGUUUCCCUGGACAGUAACAAAACCUGGAAUGGUCCAAUAAAAAAGCAACUGGAGUUACAGGAUAACAGUUUACCCACAUUGGAGCUUACUGAAGGUACAGGAAACGACAGGAACGCUAACAGAUAUUCCUCUGAAAACCCCCAACACUCAACAUCACCAGAUCAAGACCCGUGUCAGGGCUCAAGGUCCGUUAUCCUAGAGACAAGAAGCUCACAAGCUGGGCGUUGUUUCAGCUACAGCGUCCCCUUCCCAGGAAGCUGAGGUGCGGUUGGAGCCUUGGCCCUCAGUGGGGGCAGAGAGGACCUUUGUUUAUUAAACCUGAGGUGACCAGGGCCGUCCUCUGCAACUGACCCACGGUGUUUCCUGAACUCAACACGGAACAGUUUACAAAAUGGGGGCUGCGGCCCUGAGCCAGGUAACUGUGGGACCAGAACAGAUGGCGUUCCCAUGAAGAGCCUCUCAGCGGGCACACGUGACUGACAACACGUGAUAGACAC